GUUCUGCUUGCUUUUAAAAUAUAGACGUUGCUGAGUUCAUUGUGUUGGGGCCUGUAGUUACCACAUACUUUUCCUAAAUUAUGUGCAUCAACAAAAUGGCUGAAUUAUUUGGGGCAGCAUUGAUUGGCUUAAUAAUUAACUAAGUUUUGGUUUCCAGUUAUCAGCUAAACACUCUGUGGCUUCAGUUUUGGAUCUGAGUUUAUUAUUUGAAGGCUAUUCUGCUGCAAGCAUUAGUGUAUAUUGAAAUUUAAUGUUUAGCACAGACUAGUUCAGCAAUGUGCCUAUAAUUUUCACAAUAGCAAGUAGAUCAAGCUUUAAUAUAAAUCCAUUUCAUUCAAAUUAUUUUCAUUAAAUUAACAGAAAUUUCUAAAUUUUAUUAUUUCAUUCAUGUUAACGUUCUGUAUGUCAUUGGUUUUAUAGAAUUUUAGAAAAAAAGUGUUGUAACACAAUAUACAGAUUUUAUUGUUUGACUUUCACAUUUGACUUUUCAAAGUUUGAAGGUAUGAGGAGCAGUUUAUUUUAGGCCUUUAUGUUUGUCUGUCUGUUGUCAUUUCAGUGCUUUAGUCAUUGCUGUGUUGCUGUUUUUUUCACACAUACCUAUAUCACCAGUAUCUUAGUGUUGAUUGGUUUGAUGUGCUGAAAGGUGUUGCCUGCAGACAUACUCUUUGUUGAUUUCCAGAUUGUUGUUAACUUAUCGCCUUGUCAACUUUAGCUGAAUUUUAUAAGGUUAUUUUCUCAAAACCUUUUUUCAGAAAUGCUAUAUGACAUGCCAUAAUGCCAAAAAACAGUAUAGUUUCCAAGGAAAGCUGCACAAAAGUAUUUACCAACUGCUGUGAAAUGUAGAUGUAAAUAUUUACAUUUUUCUUAUGACCAUAAAAUUAAUUUUACUUUUUGGACGGAACACUGUUAAUUUGUUGAAUUCACAUAGGUUCUGUAUAUAUACAGAUUCGUUACACACCUGUGGUGUUGAACAUUUCUCUCUGGCAUUCCUUCAGGACAUAGUAAAGAUGAAUCAGCUACAGAACCUGAUCCAUGACGCCCUCAUUUCCACAGGGCAUGUCCAACACUGUGCUCUGGUCAGGAGGAAGGACUGCUCUAUACAAGCCACUUCUGUGGGAUUCAGUCUGAAUGCUGAACAGUUGCACAUGCUACUGGAUGCAUUCAGAACACCACCACAGACAAGAGAAGAAGGCAUUUUCUUUGAGGAUAAAUUAUACAAGUGUGUCAGAGCUGACAAGAGUUCAAUAUAUGCUAAACAACAGUCAAAAGGGUUGGUCUUGGUGAAGACAAAUACAUUACUGGUGGUUGCGACAUACUCUGAGAAUAUGUACCCCAGCGUGUGUGUGGAGGCGGUGGAAAAGUUAGCGGAUUAUUUCAGAGAGAAGGGAAAGUGAAAGAGCUUAUCUGGGGGGAACAGCAUACUUAUGAUCCAGUCCCUGGUUCUGACUGAAUCCACCUGUGAUACAGACUGAAUGAGAUGGCAGCAGCAAAGAGUUGUGUGCAAAUAUAUCAGGACCUGAGCACACACCUGUUCCAUAACCGUUUAUUUGUGCAUAAACUAAGUGUUGUUGGAUGGAAAAUGUGCAGCUGUGUUGUCUGGUUUAGGAUGAUGAAUCUCAAAGAUUUCACUUCUUCAGACUACACUAUAAUGUAUAUACAUUAAAGUUAUUUUAAUCUGUGCAAACAGAACAAUACCCUGAAAGUUUAUUUGCAUGUACACCAUAUAAAAGUAGGAAAUUACAAUAUUUGUUCUAUAAUUGUUUCCCUCUUUUUAUCAAUCUGAUCACAGUUAAACAGGUUACAUUCAGAUGCAAGUUUGCCAUGCAGCUAUUUCAGUUGGUAUUAAUGAAUGUAAUCUCGAUUUACUGGGUUUUUCUACUUCACCUGAUACUGGACAGAUGUAUAAAAUGACACUCUGUGAAAAAGGUCAAGGAGGUCAGCUUGAGAAACUGACUGCAUGUAAAUCAGAGGUGCAAGUUCAGACAGGUUAAAAUAGAUGUGCAUGUUCAGGGAAACAGCUUCAUGCACUUUAAUAUAAUAAAUGCUGUUC